AAAAAGGCUCUCCGUCUAACCUUAAAAAUAGAAAGUUUUUUUUUUUGAAACAAAAAAUAUUUCAUUAGAAAGUUCUCAAGUAGUAAAUAUAAUCUUGAAUUUUCCCCAAAAAAAUCCCACCCACAUAGUAGUAGUGAUAGUACCAUAUUCCAUCCAACAAUGUCCUUUCCCUAUCCCUUCUAAUAAUGCUAUAAAGUUCUAGGCCCACCUAGGGCCCGUUCCUGGGCCCAUUACCCUUUUUUUUUGGUUUAAAUAGGGUAACCACCUCACAUAUCUUGUUCAACCCACAAUCAUCUAUCUCCUUUACUUUCCAAUACCAAGUAUUUCUUUUCCUUUAAAAAAUAUUAUAAAAAAAAAAAAAUCAUUUUUAUUGUGAUAAUUAGUACAGGAUUAAUUAAGUCAAUAUGGAUGAAAAUAUGGUAUUCUCAUCAUCUUCAUCGUCUUCUUUGAUAUCACCUUCUCCACAAACGCUUAAACAACAACUCGAGUUUUUAUUACAAAACCAGCAACACUGCUGGAAUUAUGCCAUCUUUUGGCAAACAUGUACAAAUAACAAUAACAACGUUGUCAACCCUAGUUGCUCACUUUCCCUUAUUUGGGGAGAGGGCCAUUUUCAGGGCAUCAAUAGCCCAACAACAAGGCCCAAGAAGAAGCCCAACCUAAUUCAUAGUGAUGACUUUGAUGAUGGUGGGUCUACCAUGGAUGACGUAGUCACUGAUGCUGAGUGGUUUUACAUGACGUCACCUUCCAAGUCAUACCCUUUCAAGCAAAGAGCUAGUGGGUGUGGAAGUUCAGGUACUUUGGCUAAAGCUUUUACUACUGGUUCUUUGGUUUGGUUAAGUGGGCCCCAUUCUCUUCGUUUAUAUAACUGUGAACGGGCAAAGGAAGCCCAUUCGCACGGGCUGCACACGCUCGUGUGCAUACCCGUGCCUAAUGGGGUUCUUGAGCUCGGGUCCGUCGAGGUUAUUGAAGAGAAUUGGGCUUUGAUUCAGCAAGUUCAUUCUUUGUUUGGCCCGUUGAGUAAUUUUGAUAUCGGCCCGACAAAGCCCGAGUUGAGCUUGGGUGGUGGUGACGAUAUUUCCUUUUAUGACUCGGGCUUGGUUGGUGCAUUUAACACCAACCAAGCCCAACCUGCCAGCUUUAUGGGCCCGUCCGAGGAGUAUGAUGACUCGGACGAGCCUAUAAGCCGGCAGCGGGUGGCGAGGAAGAGGGGAAGGCGGCCUGGCUCGGCUCGUGAAGGCCAGGUUGCGGUAGUGAAUCAUGUGAAGGCGGAGCGACAGAGGAGAGAGAAAAUGAAUAGUCGAUUUUAUGCGCUUCGGGCUGUGGUCCCUACGGUGAGUAGGAUGGAUAAGGCGUCCUUAUUGGCCGAUGCGGUGUCCUAUAUAAAUGAGUUAAAAGAAAAAGUAAAUGUCUUAGAAUCACAACUUGAAAUGAUGAAAGUUGAUUGCAAUAUGUUUAGUAGUAUUACUAAUGACAACGGAUUAUGUAGUCCAAGUGGGAUUAGUUGCAAUAAUAACAAAUUUAAUAGUAAGAUACCACUCGAAAUGGAUGUUAGGGUUUUGGGAAAUGAGGCGAUGAUUAGGGUUCAAUGUGAGAACGUUAAUCAUCCAGCAGCAAGAUUAAUGAAUGCGUUUAAGCAGCUAAAAUUGCAAGUUCAUCAUGCAAGCGUGUCCACAGUUGAAGAGAUGAUGCUUCAAGAUGUUGUGAUUGUUAAGGUUCCACAAGACUUGAAGAGUAACGCUAUAUUGAAAGCUGCUAUUUUUAGUAGGAUGCAGUAAGUAGAUAAUGUAGAUAGCUCCAUUUUCUUACUAAAUUUAACUAUGCUUCUUUUUCUCUUGUACUACUCCUUUAAUACUGCGGACUUAAGGUGUUAUGUUUAUGAUUUUAUGAAAAAUAUUUUGAUUACUUGUCUCAUUA